GCACCGAGCAGGCUGCGCCGCAGCUGAACCAAUCACAGCCCGGAGAGGCUCCGGACGGUCCGUCGCCUGCCGCUCUGCACCGCUCCGCUCCAACGUCGCAGCAGCGGUUGCUAGCCGACAGGCUGCCGCUGUUCUCCGGCUGGGAUGUGACAGAGGUGCGGCAGAGAUAACCCACGCCGAUUCUCAUCGAGGGCCGAACCGGGAGAAGCGGGACCGUUCCGGGUCGAACCGCCUGUAGCAGCUCCUCUUCUACUUCCUCCCGUAGCCUUCCUCGGUUCAGGAUGGAGGACACAGAGACAGAGCUGGCGGUGACGGAGUCGGACGCUCUGGGUGCAGACUUCAUCACAGUGGAGCUGGACACGCAGCCCAUUGAGUACGUGGUGAAGUGGGCCGAGGUCGGCUCCAAGUUCACCAUCUCCUGCGUGAAGAAGGACUCGGACGACCCAUCGGACCUGACGGCCGACCAGCUGAAGAUCGAGACAGAUGAGGCCUUCUUCGCUCCCUAUGAGGAGGUGUACCCGUGCGAGGUGACGGAGCAGAGCGUAGAGAUAAAGACGGACUCUGACGAGGAGGAGGAGGAGGACGCCGAGGAAGAGCAGGAGGUGUUGGUGGAGGCGGGGAGCAGUCAGCUGGACGGCGACGUCGACUCAGACCAGGCAGACUUCCAGCCGGACGAGCGUCAGUACCGCUGCAGCUACUGCGGGAAGUGUUACAGCCACGCCUCCAGCCUGUACCGCCACCAGCAGACGCACACCACCAAGAGCAGCGGGGCGCCGCCGCCUGCCAAACGAGCGCUGGAGCCGACGCAUCAGGAGGCACGCUACACCUGCCCUCACUGUGGGAUGAGCUUCAAAGGCAGCAGGAUGCUGGGCAGUCACCUGCGGCUGCACGGGAAGCGGCGGAUCCACCCCUGCAACAUCUGCGGAAAGGAGUUCAACCACAGCUCCAGUCUGUCGCGCCACCGCCUCAUCCACAAGAAAGGAAAAGGCCUCCCCAAAGACGUCACCCUCGGCCCCAACAUGGCUGCCCUGCGCCACUCACUGAAGGCUGGCGGCAAAAACAAAAAGGCCAAGAGGCAGCAGCAGCAGCAGCAGCAUGUGGCGGCCGCCAUUAUUCAGAGUCACGGCGGUGAUAAGUUCUACGCCUGCCCGCAGUGUGACAUGAGCUUCAGGACAUCCACACAGCUGUCCAAACAUCAGGUGACCCACGUCAAGGAGCUGCUGGACAACUACACACCUGGCAAGGAGAACCUGGGCGAGAGCUCAUCCGACCUCAAGAUCCGCCUCAAGCUCUGCUCCCGCGACAAGCCCAACUUCUACACCCUGUGCAAAAAGAACCGCCGCCGCCGGGGGGGACGGGCCAGCAAACGGGGUGCUGCCAUUUCUGAGGAGGAGGAGGGGGAAGAAGAAGAAGGAGGAGGAGGAGGAGGAGGAGGAGGAGGAGGAGGAGGAACCACCGGUCGCCACGGCUGCAGCCAGUGCGGAAAGCGGUUCAGCCAUGCCUCCAGCCUGGCGCGGCACCAGCAGACCCACAGAGUGGUGGACAGCAGUGGACGAGGUAAGCUGCAGCAUCAGAAGCAGCUUCAUGUCAAGACCGGACCCACCACUGCCAAGACCAAAACCUACACCUGCGCCACCUGCAACAAGACCUUCAUGCACUCGUCCAGUUUCUCCCGCCACAAGAAGGCUCACCUGGAGGAGGAGCAGCGAGCCCAAGCCGCUGCUGCUAAGCGCCGGAAGAGAGUCGUCUUAGACGAGACCGCUCCAUUGGAGUCCGACUCGGAGUGAAAUCACCUGGCUCUGGACUGGACUGGGACUGGGACUGGCUCUGGACUGGUUCUGAAUCAGUAUGACUGAUUCUGCACUGGUUUUGGACCAGUUCUGGUAAAGGUCUAAUUUGGAAAAGUUCUGGACCAGUUGGAGACAGAUUCUUCAGAUUCUGGGCCCUCUCACAGCAGUUUGUUUAUCCAGGUUUCAGGAGCUGGAACUGGCUGAUUCUUCUCUGGUGUAGAUAGCAACAGGACAUACACAUAUGGUCAUUUGGAGGGGAGAUCCCCACAUAUGGUCAUAACUGACCAUUGGCUAAUUGUUCUUCAGGAUGGGAUUAGAUUUAAAGUGUUACCCCGCCUCUAUCCCCACCUCCAGCCCCGCCCCUCGCCCACCUGUCUGUUAGGUAGCACACAGACGCUGUUCGCUUUCAUUCUAUACUUUAUUUUCCAUCGGCCACCUGGGGAGAGAGCUGGGAGCUACAGUCAGUGUCUCUUCUGUCUGUCACAGGCCACACCCACUGGCCACUACACUUCAGUCAGAACUUGACACCAAGAGCACUCUGGGAAACAGAGUUCCUCAUAGCAGUGUAGGUUCACUUUAAAUUGGACGCAGUGCUGAGAUCAGACAGCAGCAGCUCAGCGUGAUUCUGAGGAGUGCCGGUAAAAACUGGAGUUUGUACGGGUCUGAUCGGGGUUCAGAGCAGCAGUCCUCUGCUCAUCUCCACGUUUGUUUCCUUUCCUCUCUGACGUCACCAUCUGGAGAGAUUUUUGUUUGGCUGAAGUUCUUACUGGCACAAUGUUCUGAUUGGUUAACUGUGUUACAGCUUUGAUAUUUUAAAGGUUAAAAUGUGAAAUCUGAGCAAACGAGUUGGUUGGUCAGAGCUGGCAUUUCUCCAUGUUAAUGUUUGCAUGAAGACUAUAACCUGCAACUAGUCGGCCAUGUUUGUAGUUUUUCAGCUGUGUUUGAUGACCGAUCUGCAGCAUCAGGUGUUUGGAUUUCUCGUUUUAGCAGCAGAGUGGUCAUGUUGUGGAGGGUGAAGGGGAACCUGCACUAUUUAUUUAUGAAUUUGGAAAAAUGUUGUAACAUAUAAAUAUCAAUGGUAUUUAAAGUGAUUCACAAGCGCUUUCAGCUCCAGCCCCCUCAUUAUCACCACCACCUUCAUCAUUCUACAUCGUCUUCAUCUACCGUCACAGACAGGAAAUGACAACCCUAAUCCAGCGGAUGUCCAGAUUUUCAAAGUUAAAGCAUCCAAUCAGUUAAAUAAAAGCAACAAAUCCCGUGAAGUCACAGAAAGUCUUCAGUUUCAUUUAGAACAAAAUGACAAAACAAAAACUCAAACUGUCUUUAUCGGCUGAUUGAAAAGACGACAAUUCAGACACAAAGCAGCACAGACAUUUGGACCUAAAUAUAAUAAAUAAUCAGUAAAACAAAGAAUUCUGUGAUCAGAUACAAACUGAUGUGAGCUGCUGUCAAACCACAUGUGAGUCUCUUGGUGGAAUUAAAGAACUGACCAGUUGGAGACCCUAACGGCUUCUUGGACCAAACAUGGACGGACUUCCUGUCAGAGUUCUUCCCCCUCUGACAGUAGGAGCUGCUGCAGCCCCCCCUCAAUUUUUGUUUCCUGCGAGGUGAACACUUUGAGUUUGUGAAUAACAUUUUACUGUGUGAAUUGGAUUUGACUUAAUUUAAUGGUGACCUAUUUAUAAAUGUGUGUCUGCAGCAGAAGGCUGCACUGCGAACCUCCUGUAGAAAAAUAAAAAUGUUCCUCCUCCUGCUCUUCAUCCACCUGGUUUGUGUUUUCAGUUUAAGGCCUUAAAGCUGCCGUUCUCCUCUUUUUGUCCACAUGUUGUGUUGCUUUGUUCUCUCUUUGGUUCGUGGUUUCAGCGAAGCUUCACUUGCAGUUAGAAGGUUGUUCGUCAUUGUAUCGUGUUUGCCAAUAGAAUAAACCCAGUUGACAUGUUUUGUCUUGCAUUUUGUAAUAAAUCUUUAAAAGAA